AAAAACAUCCGGGUCUCUCAGUUUCCUGUCUGGCGACCCGUCGCCAUUAGUGUGAGCUCGUUUGGACGGACAUAUUUUUUUGGAGAAAAUCUUCAUAUAGACAGGUUUUCCACCCAGUGGAAAACACAGAAGGCCUUGAUAAAGGCGCAUUGUUUUCCUUAGCGAGGAAACUGCGUCUUGUGGGGGUCUUGGCCCCGCGUGGCGAGCAUUCGUCCUCUCCUCCUACAGACUCCAUAAUUUGAGACGCCGAAAUCGUGUCUCUUUUUUUCUCGGGUUUGUUGAUUUGUCAAGAUGUCGCCGUGAUGGGGUCUCCGCGUUUGACAGAAAUGAAUCAGGGCCUUCGCCGCCUGACCCGCACUCACCGUAGCCCGUUUUCCUCCUCCGUUUCUCCGUUUGAUGCUAGAGAGCUCGGCAGCUCUCCGCCCAGAGCUCGUCCCCAGAACCGCUCACUGCCCGGUCUCAAACAUGGAGAAGAACCCCAACAGCAGCACCGGAUCCAAGGUUCCGCCUCGUUCCAGCUCCACAGGCCCAGCACCUGGAGAAUCUAAACCCAAAACAGAUGGUAAAAAUAAUGGAGGCUCCAAGCGCUACAGCCGCAAGCGUGAGCCCACCUUUCCUAAAACCGACAGUUUGCCAGGCCCUCGCCGCACCAACUCACAGAAAAGCAAAAAUUUUGACAAGAGACCCCUUCAGAGAGGUGGAGGACGACAGUAUGGCGUUACAGGUGGAGGACGACGUGAGGAGGUAGCAGAGACGUGCCGGGCCGAGUUUUGCCCGGCUCAAUUUGCUGGACCGAAAAAGAUAAGCUUGAACCACCUGCUGAACUUUACCUUUGAACCUCGCGGAGGUAACGGUGGCUUCGGAGAUGGCGGCCACUCCGGCUGGGGCCGUCGAAACAAAUGGGGCCAUAAGCACAAGCCCUUCAACAAGGAGCUCUUCCUGCAGGCCAAUUGCCAGUUUGUUGUGACUGAUGACCAGGACUACAAGGCUCACUUCACUGAUCCAGACACUCUGGUUAACUGGGACUGUGUGCAGCAAGUGCGCAUUUACAGUCAUGAGGUGCCGUCUUGCCCCAUCUGCCUCUACCCUCCUCUGGCAGCCCGCAUCACCCGGUGUGGACACAUCUUCUGCUGGCCAUGCAUGCUGCACUACCUUUCUCUUAGUGAUAAGAGCUGGUCCAAGUGCCCCAUCUGCUAUGAGGCCGUGAUCAUUGCUGACCUGAAGAGUGUGGUUGCUAUGGAGACCAGGCAAUAUGCAGUUGGUGAUGUAAUCACCAUGCGCUUGAUGAGGAGGGAAAAGGGGGCUCUGGUAGCCAUGCCGAGCUCUCAGUGGGCGAAGGUGGAGGAGCCUGUUCGCUUUGGAGAUGCGUGUCUUAGCCCGUACUCCAAGCUGCUGCUGACCUCCCCUACGCAGGUCCUGACCCUGGUGGCCGAGGAGAGGGCCGUCCUGCAGGGUGAACUUAGCCAGGAAGAGGAUGCCCAUAGCUGUUUCAUCGAGAGCGCUCUUUGUCUUUUGCAGGAGCGCGAGGAAAUACUGCUCAAGCAACAGCAGAAGGCAACUGCAGCCCAGAGGUUUGACCUAUCCUGUUUGACUCUGGAAGAUCCUCUUUCUCCUGUGGAGGAAGUGGUGACUAACGUCUCCAGUGCCAAGCCUGUGCUGCAGUACUCCUCCGCAUUUGAUGACGAGGUGGCGGAGCUCCCAGACGAGAUGCCAGACAUCCCUGAAGGGAUUCUGGAGUGUGUGCUGGAGGAGCCUCCUGAGGCUGAGGCUGUGAUGGAAGCAGCCGCAGAGCCCCAACUCGAUGAGGAGAGACCGGCCGACCAGGCACAUCCAAGCCGUCCGCCAGCCAGCAUGGUGCACGGACCCUAUUACUAUUUCUACCAAGCUGAAGACUGCCAGCAGAUGUUCCUGCAUCCUGUGAAUGUACGCUGUCUGUUGCGGGAAUACGGCAGCUUGGAGGCCAGCCCAGACUCCAUCACUGCCAAAGUAGUUGAGAUAGUGGGACACACAGUCACAGAGGAGAUCCGUCGCCGCCAUCGCUAUCUGGCUCAUCUGCCUCUCACAUGCGAGUUCAGCAUUUGUGAGUUGGCUCUGCAGUCACCGGUCCUCUCCAAGGAAACUCUGGACACAUUUGCAGACGACUUGGAGAAGCGAAAGCACCUGAGGCAGAAGAAAGCGAGGGAUGAGAAGCGCCGUGAGAAGCGAAUUGAGUUCGAGGAGAACAGCAAGCAGGGUAGAUACCCUGAGGUGCAUAUUGGACUUGAGAACCUUCAGCAUUUCCCAGCAUUUGGCUCUCCGCCUUACAACAGCAGCCCCCCAAUCCAGCCUGACUUCACCUUUGCCCCUCAAUCAGCUCUCAGCUGCAGCCCCUCCUCUGAUGGGAUGACAUUUCCGAGUCUGAACGGGCAAGGCCCUUCACCAGUUGUGGGUAGUUUGGAGGACGACUCCCACUGCAUGUCCUUUGCACAGAUGCUAAGAGAUGGGAAGGCCAGAGCGGAUGCUGGGCCCAGGAUCCCUUCAAAGAACGAUCAAUUCCUAGCUCCCCCGGCAGCGGACAGUGAUGGAGAGGGCGACGGGUCAGACAGAGUCCCGGUGCCCAGCUUCCAGAAGUCCUUCAGCCAGGCCUUUGAGAAGGCACUUCUGCAGCUGGACAGUGGUCCAGCUUCUCGUCCACAACCUGUGGUUGACCCAGAUGAGAAAGGAGGGAAGAAGAAGAAGAAAAAGAAGAAACUUUUGUUCAGCACAUCCAUGGUUCACACAAAGUAGACGACACUGACUUUCAUUCAAGCAUCCUCUAUUGUCCUGUAUUUAUCCUCGCACUGCUUGUGUUUUUAUUUGGAACUAUAAGCUACGACGAUAGGUUUUAGUAUGCGAGUUCAUGCUGCUUUAGUCAUUGUUCCAUUGGCUCGAUCAGCAGUUUGCGUGUCAUGCCACUAGUUUAAUUUUGCAAUUUUUUUCGGGGGGUUUGAUGGUGAACUACGUCAAAACCUUGCAGCAGCAACCUGCCACACUGGAAGCCGUACAGGUCAAAUUCAAUUCAGAUGCUAAUUAGGUAAUGGAAUAUAAGAAGCUCAUAUUUAUUAGGCUUUUUAUGGCUUCCAACUCUGCUUAAUUAGACUCUGAGCAUUGCAUCUGGGACCCAUUAGUGAAGUGGAUAAGAAAAUUCUGGGGUGCUUUAUUACAGUAGCAGUCGGCCAGCUGCAGGUACGUUGCACCUUGUAAUGUUUCCAAGAUACUCAGUGCUCAGACAUGAUUCGUCCUGAACUUCACCGUACAACAGAUGAACACCGAGGUCUGUUUUUUUUCAGUGCUUUAUGUCAGGUAAUAAUUUAGGCUUGCACAUUAUCCGCCUUCAGAAUAGAUUUGGGGGAUAGCGAUUUGAGUUCUCCGCUCUAGUAUUUGCUAACCUCAACGUGAAUACAUGAUGAUCCUAUACCAUUGUGAGGACGUAAAAAGGCAGUAUUGUAUUAUUAAAGAGAUUUGGUCUGUCGUGUGAACAGAACUCCAUUAUAUUCUGCCCUGUUAAACCAUUAAAUGGUUUAAGAACCACACAUUCUUCUCAUUCAAUUUCACCUCUGUGUCAUCCUCUAUUGUAGAAUGCUUACUAACUUGUUAGUUUUCAGUGUUGAGAAUGUGUGGAGUGGAUAAGUGCUGACAUUUGAAGACUGUUUGAAACUUAAGGAAAAGUGGAUCGGAACAUUGUUUUGGAAUAGAGGGUUGUUUACUCACCUUUUAAGUUUGAUCAAGUUUAUAGACUAGUCAAUGUAACUAGUCUGUGGAAAUGAAUAAACACUUAUGCACAAUCAA